CCUAGUAUAAUAUGUAAUGGCGGCAUAUCCGGUAUAUUAUUUCAAUGUUGUUUGUAAUUUAUAAUUAAUGGCUCGCGUUCUUGAAAAAAAUGCUUUAAACAAAUUAAUAAAAUUGUUGAUUACAACGAUAAAUUAUUUAUUUUUUGAUUUUAAAUGUUACUUUAUAUUUAUAUGUGUAAAACGAACGUAGAAAAAAAUACAGUGAGUGUGAAAAUUCGAAUUAAUAAAAAUCAUUUAUAUUAAGUACACUAGAUCGAAGUAAAUCGAAAUGCCCGUAUCGCGUAACUAGAAUUUUGUAUGAGAAAAAUAAAUUCAGUAUUUGUUCAUUAUAUGAAAAAAUCAAGGGAUAAUAUGGUGAAAGGACGGCGAAAACGUGUACAAACAAAAAACACAGGUCGUACAAAAGUUAAUGUUUUAUCUACUCAAAACGACAUAAAUCAAUCACCAAUGAAAAAGGAAACCAAACUAGAUAAUACUAAAAAUGUAAAAAAAGUUAAUUCAGAUGAAAUUCAUUCAACACAUAAAUCACCUAUAUGCAUAAGUUCCUUUUUCUAUACACAAAUUACAGAGAUUUCUAAAAAUAAAAAAACUUCUAUAGUACCUAUUGAAGAAAGGUUUUAUAGAAGUGAAGAAAUCAACACAAUACAAAAUGAUAUUCUUACUGAUGUUGGUCAUUUCAGAACAGAUGAAACACCUGUAGCAGUACCUAUACAUGGUCCAUCAACACCACACAGAAUUAAUAUGCCAAAUGAUCAAUGUGAAGACUUAGAUGAAAGAAAUACAAAUGACAAUAAGCCUAAAAAAUCUCUAGCUCCAACACUUCAUUUAGAACAACAAAUUUCAAAAAAACCUCCUAAUCGUGGCCGUAGAAAAUUAAACAAUAAUCAUUCUAGUGCAAUUUAUGCAUCAGAUUCUACAAAUAUCAAAAGUACAAAUCACAAACUUACUGACUACUUUCCAGUACGUCGUAGUGUCAGAAAAUCUAAGAAAGCUGUGUUAGAAGAAAAACAACGUGAUAUGGAAAACAAAGUGCUGUGUCAAGUAGAGGAAGGUUUAGAAGUAAGACAUUUUGCUGGUAAAGGUCGUGGAAUAAUAACAACGCGAGAAUUUAUGAAAGGAGAAUUUGUAGUAGAAUAUAUUGGUGAACUAAUUGAUCAAGUAACAGCAAAAAAACGUGAAAAAAUAUAUGCACUAGACCAAAAUACUGGAUGUUAUAUGUAUUAUUUUCAACAUCGUAAUCAUCAGUAUUGCGUUGAUGCAACAGCAGAAACUAAUAAGUUAGGUAGAUUAGUAAAUCAUUCAAGAAAUGGUAAUUUAAUUGCACGAGUCAUAGAAGUAGAAUCGACACCUCAUCUGGUACUUACGGCAAAAGAAAAUAUACCUAUCGGGGUAGAAGUAACAUAUGACUAUGGAGAUCGAAGUCGCGAAGCAAUUCGUCAUCAUCCAUGGUUGGCAUUAUAGCGCUAUCAAUCAAUUAAUUACAAUAGCAUGAUAUAUUGUAUAGCAAAAUUCGUUCAUUUGAUUUUGUUCCUCCUAUGAAGGAACAAUAAAUAUAUAAAAAACUUUAGUUGAAUUUUAUGAAAAAGAGUACAUAAAAAAGAAAUAUAUUCAUAUACCUUCUGCUUUAAUAUGACACACAUAUAAUUGUGCAUUUCUUUAUAUAUAUAAUAAAGAGACAAAGAAGAGAAAAUUAUAGAUAUUAGAUAUCUUAUAAAAUAAACAGUAUAGUUCAGUAAUUUUA